UUUCUGCAAAAAAUACCUUAAUGGGUACCGUCAAGAACAUCCAAUCUGAGCUUGAUGAUGAGCGCAUCUUCAACACCACAAGUAGUCUACUUUUGGAUCCUGAAGAGUUCAGGAGACAAGGACACAUGGUGGUUGAUUUCCUUGCUGAUUACUUUCACAACGUCGGCAAGUAUCCGGUCCGUAGCCAAGUUGAACCGGGCUAUCUCCGGAAAACUCUACCGGAAGCUGCCCCCAAUACCCCGGAACCCCUUGAAAACAUCCUCCGGGAUGUCUACAAGGAUAUACUUCCUGGGAUUACCCAUUGGCAAAGUCCUAAUUUCUUUGCUUACUUUCCUUGCAUCUCUAGCACCCCCGGCAUUCUCGGCGAAAUCCUUAGUUCUGGCCUCAACGUCGUCGGCUUUAACUGGAUAGCAUCGCCGGCGGCCACCGAGCUCGAGAGCAUUGUGAUGGAUUGGUUUGGGAAGUUGCUAAGACUUCCCACUUCUUUCCUUUUCUCCGGCGGCGGUGGAGGGGUACUCCAAGGCACCACAUGCGAAGCCAUGGUGUGCACUAUUGUGGCCGCUAGGGAAAAAAUGUUGGGCAAGAUUGGGAGAGACAACUUUGGGAAGCUUGUUGUCUAUUCAUCCGAU